GAAGAGGCCGUAAGCUACAAAGUGUUAGCCAACCCAGGCAGAAAGAUGACACCUUAUUGUGUGAGUCUAGUCGGCAAUGUAAACAUGCACGUUUAGAGAAGUAUUGAAUCUGGCCGUACAUACGCUUUAUACUUUCGUCUGGGCGCAGAAGCUGAUUAGAGGGAAGGUAACGGUAAUGUUUUCGACAGUAAACGCUAACAAAGCUAGCUGAUUGGCUAAGGUAGUCAGCUAACAUUAGCCAACAAUCGUCAAGAAGCGAACCUUUCAUGAACAUAUUGCACAAGACAGAUGCCACCACCAUUGGGUUAUUUUGCCCAGUAAGACAAGCAGCAUCAAAUGAAAGGUGGUGGAAGUGGAACUUGACCCAUCCAACUGAGUCACCAUUUUCCUGCACAUAAUGGGUUUGAUGGCUCCACUGUAUGCAUGACUUGUUUCGUGUGGCCUGAUGGGAGGACACUGUGGAUAGUACUUUCAUCAGGAUACCAGGAGAGCCAUCCCAUGCCGCCACUUUGGAGGGCCUGUCAGAAUGAAGAAGAUAAGCCUUAAGACCAUCCGCAAGUCCCUCAGCAUAAAGGGCAAAGAGGAGGGUGACUUUGUCAUGCUCCAGCAGCCCUCGGUGACUACUGAGUUUUCAAAGGAAGAGUCACUUUUUGGGGGCUGCUACACCAAAGAGCUCUCUGGCUGUGACCUUGGUGGAGAAGAAGACAAAGGGGGGCAGAAUAAGGGCCGCUCAAAGAGUGAGAGUCUGAUGGGAUCACUAAAGAGGAGGCUGUCUGCCAAGCAGAAGGCAAAAGUGAAAGGAGGCUCAUCUGCCAUAGGCUCUGUGGAUGAUGAUGACACCUUUUCAUCUUCUUCUGUACCCAUCAGCUUCAACGAGGUGAAAGCCCAGAGACCCCUUAGAUCUUCAUCACUACGAAGUCACCAUUAUAGCCCCUCACCAUGGCCUCUGCGAUCAGUCAACUCUGAUGAUUCGUGUAUUAAGAUGGAGGUCAAAGUUAAAGCCAUGGUUCACUCACCUAGCCCCAGUCCCAGCUUAAACGGUGUCCGGAAAGAAUUUCAUGAUUUCCAGAUGGAAGGGCUCUUUCAGGACCAAGCAGAAUCCUUAAAGAAUCUCCAGCAGCCACAAAAUGGUGAGCUGCAUCUAAAUAUUGAUGAAAAUGAUGUGCCUGUGGUGCUGGGGUUGACGCCCCAGGACUACAUCCAGUACACAAUGCCUUUAGAUGAGGGAAUGUACCCGGAAGGGUCCCACUCUUUCUGCCUGGACAGCUCCUCUCCUAUGGAGGUGGUGACUGAAGCAGACAAUGGGUCCCUCCACACAGACCAGGGACAAGAGGAACAUGAACUGGUUAGUGGGUUGCCUCCGGAUCUCUUCAUGGAAACCUCAGUUAAUAGUCUUCUCAUCGGUUCUGCUGGUGUGAUGCUCCAAAGCUCUAGAGUAGAGGUCCCGCCUCCCCUCUCUCCACUCCUGCCACCCAUGACAAGUAAUGGACAUAUCCCCAGGACUUUUUCGGGGUUCAGCUCUUCAGACAGCCAGGUAGCUGAGAGGGUAAGACACCACCUCAACUUUGACCCAAAUUCAGCUCCUGGGGUCAGUCGGGUGUAUGACUCAGUCCAGAGCAGCGGACCAAUGGUCGUAACCAGUCUGACGGAGGAGCUGAAGAAGCUGGCGAGGCAGGGCUGGUACUGGGGCCCCAUCACACGCUGGGAGGCAGAGGAAAAGCUGGUCAACUUGGCUGAUGGCUCAUUCCUGGUCCGAGACAGCUCAGACGACAGGUACCUGCUCAGCCUGAGUUUCAGGUCACAGGGCAAAACCCUCCACACCCGCAUCGAACACUCCAAUGGACGCUUCAGCUUCUACGAGCAGCCCGAUGUGGAGGGACACACGUCCAUUGUUGACUUAAUUGAACAUUCUAUCAAAGACUCGGAGAACGGAGCAUUUUGCUAUUCCAGGUCUCGCUUACCAGGGUCUGCAACCUACCCUGUCAGACUAACCAACCCAGUAUCUCGGUUUAUGCAAGUGCGCUCCCUGCAGUACCUUUGUCGCUUUGUCAUUAGACAAUACACAAGAAUAGACCUGAUCCAGAAACUGCCCUUACCUAACAAGAUGAAAGAUUAUCUGCAGGAGAAGCACUACUGAGGACACAGACAGGACAGUGGUAGCAAUUUGCACUUUUGUGUUCAGUUGAGAGAUUUAAACAAGGUUUACAGACAACCACGGUUUUGAGAUGAUUAGUUCUGGUGGCUCUUGAUUUGUGUCCAGGUGACUCUGUUGCUGUUUAGUCCUCCAUUCCACUGUUUUUCGCUGGUUUUAGGAGCCUCUACUUCCAGAAACACAGGCCAGCACAUAAACUAUUGCAAAAAUAUAGCAGAGGUUUACAGUCAAGUUAUCUUAGUUCCAUACAUUAGGUGCAGACAUUAGGCAUGCUUUGUGAUGUGUUGUUAAGUGUAACAUCCAGCUGUGCAAGUAGAACCAAAUUUUCAUAAAUUUGCUGUCUGCAUUACAGUUGGGCCAGUAAGAAAAAUAAAAUUCUACUCCAAUUCAUUUAAUUUUUAUCCACUAAAUUGUACUUUUCAGACAUGAUUUCAAGGAUGGAGAUUUUUUUUUUUUUUAAAUCAAAUUUUAAGCUCUCAGCCGACUGACCAACUUUGAUCAUCUUUUGCAUCUUAUUAUUUCUUAGAUUGUGUGAUGGUAAUAUGUCAGCAUGACCAGACUGCAAAUUAGAACACCACUUUGUCUGCAUUCAUAAUAUGCAAUUAGUAGAAUUGCAAUGCUAGGCGUCUUUGUAUUUUUUAAACAACCUAAAGCAAAACCUCAGUUUUGCUCAAAAUUGCUUUCAUUGCAUUAACCAGAUUUUUUUUUUUUUACUAAUUUACAAAUGGAACUACUUUUCUAGUGGAUGCAGUUUCUUCGUAAAGUAUAAUGCAACUCUGUCAUGGCAUAUGACACCUGACGUACUACAAUUACAUUUCUGCUUCAGUAUGGUUAGAUCGGUGUGUGCUUUGUCAUGUUUGUUACUUUCAGCUGUUUUGGUGUAUGAUCAAGCAAGUUUUAACGCUAACCACAGUGCCAUAGAAGUAAAAACUCGAUGUGUAAAGUCCUUUUCAGAGUCACACAGGUUUACCAGGUCCACAACAUGAACAUUUUGUUGCAAAAGAUGUCCAAAGAUCGCCGGUCUGUCAGAGGCUUUUAACGGUUGGUUAGAGAAGUAGCUUUAAAUUGUAUGGCUGCAUGUAGCCAGUAUAUUGUAAUGUGCAAGCCUAAAGGUACUGAUGAUGCUGGAUUUUUCAUGUUGUGCUGUUUGUAGAAACAGCAUCAAGUCGAUGUAUAGAUCUUUUCAAAAUAUGUUAACAUUAGAAGUUAAAUCUUUCUGCAUUAGGAAUGUUACAAAAACUGCACCGCAGCUCAGGCCUAACAACUUUGUCACUGUCAGUAAUGCUUGUAUCUGCAUGUCGUAAAGGCUUUAAGACUGUCAGUUAAGGGCACUGUAGAGUUACUCUAAAUGAGUGAAGAUGUCACAGCAAAAGGGUGUAAGAUUUUGGCUGUGUUGCUUAAGUGCAACUCUGAGUAAAAGGCUGUUUAAUGCACAAUUGCGUUUACCUUAGGCAGUUCAGAUGUAAAGAAAAUUGCCCUCAAUUACCCUACAACUGAAAACCGAUCUCAAGUCAAUUGACCUGCAUCUGUAUGUGAGGAUGGCUGUUUCUUAGUCUCUCAAUGCCAGCACUGAACUGGACCCAGAUCAAAGGAAUCCAAAAAAUGGUGUGAGCUUAGGUCAAUGGAUUUGGCAAAGCCAGGGUGAAGUCCUCGUCACCAUCUUAGAGUGAAGCCAGGGUUUUCAGCAAAUGACAAAAGUUCCAUCACAGCUGCAUGGCAUCAUUAGUGUCAUAUGAAUUCCAAGGUCAUUUUAAAAAAAAAAAAAAAGAAGAAAAAAAAAAAAAAAAGCAUCCAACUUUUGUCAUUGCUUAUUCACAUCGUCCCCAGUCCCCACAGAGCUGCACUACCCCACAGAUUGUCUCGCUACUGGGCUGUUUGUGCCAGAGUAAAGGGAAGAGCACACAGUAUGCUACGCAAGUGCUUUAUAUGGAUACUUUGACAGGGAAUUGUUUUUUCACAUUAUGAAUGAGCAUCUUUUUUGACAUCAGUGUCCUUAAAAGUAUUUGGAAAAUGGUCUCUCAGACAACUUUGGUAGGUUGUUAGCGCAUAGUUCUAGUUUUAGUUAGCUAGAAAUGUUGGUGUCUGAGGAAGUUACCAUGAAUCUAGCACAGCAGAAAUUAGAUAGGAACUUUGAAUGGUGUUGCAUGUUUAAAGACUUAGCAUUUUAAAGCUUUGAGUUGUAUAGGAAUGAAGGAUCUAGGAUGUGUGUUUGGCUGUAUAGAAGGAUGUUUUUUUUUUUUUUUUUUUUUUUUUUU